UCUCACAUCUCCUCCCUUCCCUUCUUCUUCUUCCUCCUUCUCCCUCUCUCUGUACCCAUCAAUUUCUCCUUUCCUUCUCACCACUUCUCAACACAGCUCAUCAAUCGCUUCACAUCAGCAUCACCGCUAGCUCAGAAUGGGUACUCAAUGCUUAGGGUUUUGAGCAAACCGCUACUUAACCAGCAGAAAUUAGUUCCAGGGAGCCACGGAGUUUGGUUCCCGCGGGACGGGAAAUUGGCAGAGUAAUCUCUAGGUUGGGGAAUCUGGGGGGAUCGUGGCUUGCUUCAUUUAUGUGGGUUAGUGAAGAGAAAUGCCGUCGUCGUUUCGACCCACCAGCAACAGGAGGAGGAGAUCAAUGGUUUUGGCAAUCCUGCUAUUGUUUCAGAUUUGGGUUUUCAGCAGCAGAGCCGCCGCCGCCGCCCGGAUUCUCCCACACGACGGCGCCGCGGCAAGGAAUGUGAAGGCAUUAUCUCAUGACUCCGCCGGCGGCCAUUCUUCGGAUCGUGAUAGUAUUAGUAGUAGCGGCAAGGGUAAUUAUAGGGUGAGCAACACAGAGCAUUUCCGUCGUUAUUUCAGUGGGCAUCCUCCGCCGCCACCGUCUUCUUCUGGUUCAGCCGCCGCCGCCGCCGCCGGAGGAGCAGGGUUUGAGGAGAGCAAGAGAAAAGUGCCCAGCUGCCCUGAUCCUCUCCACAACUAAUCGGGAAAGAAAAAGUUAGCUGAAUUUCCUCCCCUUUUGCGGUACUCUGUUUCUUGGGUUUUGGCUGAUUGUUAGGUCGUUUUUGUGCAAUAUUAUCCAAAAUACCCACGUUUUUCUCAUCAUUUUCCGGGAGAAACUCGCCGUGGUAGCUUGUAAUCUUGUCGAGGGGAAAACGAGGGUAUUUUGGUAGUUUCCUAAGAGCUGCUCUCCCCUUUUUGGGGGGUGUUGAGAUCAAAUAUAUGUUGUUAAUUUUGUUAAAUCAGUUAAGCUAAUCUCCUUCUUCACAUUGUUGGGUCAUUAUCAUAAUCAUCAUCAUCAUUAUGUAAUCAUGAUGAGUAUAAUUAUAUGUGAAUGAUCAUGUUUAAUGUACAGAAAGUUGAAGAAAAUGUUGGGUAUUGA